AUGGAAACUCACAGAGUGAUUGGUAAAGGUAUCAUUCCAAAGCGUGCGGAUGAUGACAAAGAGGCUCUUCGAACGGCCAUCGUACGGAAUGUUGUUAAGAACUAUCUUUGGAACUCGAGUCGUUUUGACGUGAACACUGCAAAGGCGGAGCAGCGCAUUGCAACAGCACUUCACUUAAUGAGCGUAGUAACAGUUUGUUGGGCAGUUGUGACGCUCUUCGAGUUUGCCAUUAGCAUUCCGGCAGUAACUCGAAUCAGCGAUCAUUUAGAAAUGCAGUCGAGUUUAGAUAAUUUGGAUAUGUGCGAAUAUCUAAAAAACAAAACAGAUAUUGAAACACUGGAACAACAUCAAUUUGGUAUACUUGAACAAUGCUUGUACUAUUAUUUGGCUGGUGAAGCACAACGCAAAUCUGCGAAUGUUGGUGUGGUACAUGCCCUCGCAACACUACCACCUUCCAUUGGAACAAAAAAACCAUCACCAGUCACGAUUAACUUCAAUCAAAUUACCUUACAACAUUUCGAAUUGGUACUCACAAUUUUUCAUCAUUCCAUGUUGAUUUAA